ACACAGGACGUCCCCAUAUGAUAAACCAAGCGUUCCUUCACUAGAUGCUCACCGACACGUCUGAGACAUGCCGUUGCUGUGAGGAAACUGCAGCUCCUUGUACAAUAGGAAUGGCUUCAAGAAAACGCAGGAAAGCUCCUUCCAAAGAUGCAGCCGAACACGUUUCACAAGGCAUUGAUAAGAAGGCACACUUGGAAGUUAAAUUUAUAAACCCUUUCAAAGGGCGAGGUGUGUUUGCAAACACCCAGUUUCAAAAAGGAGACUUUGUUGUGGAAUAUAGAGGGGAAUUGAUAAGUUCAGCAGAAUCUCAAAGGAGGAGGAGAAUAUAUCACAGUAAAUGCACUGUGUUUAUGUUUGAUUUUUACUGGAAAGACAAAUGGUGGUGCAUUGAUGCAUCUCAAGAGGAUGACAGUCUUGGAAGAUUAGUCAAUGAUGAUCACAAGAAUCCAAAUUGCAAGAUCAAGAAGAUAUUGACAGACUGCAAGCCACACCUCUGCCUAUUUGCCUUGCGUGACAUCGAUCCUGGAGAAGAGAUAACGUACGACUAUGGAGGCACAGAAUGGCCAUGGAGGCAAGAGGUUGACAAUCAGUCAAAUGUGCCUGCAUCUGUUGAAGCCGAAGUCCCUGGAAGGUCAGACCGGGCUCCAGAGGAGGCGUCACUGUCUACAAAACGGGUUGACAAUCAGUCAAAUGUGCCUGCAUCUGUUGAAGCCGAAGUCCCUGGAAGGUCAGACCAGGCUCCAGAGGAGGCGUCACUGUCUACAAAACGGGUUGACAAUCAGUCAAAUGUGCCUGCAUCUGUUGAAGCCGAGGUCCCUGGAAGGUCAGACCAGGCUCCAGAGGAGGCGUCCCUGUCUACAAAACGGGUUGACAAUCAGUCAAAUGUGCCUGCAUCUGUUGAAGCCGAAGUCCCUGGAAGGUCAGACCAGGCUCCAGAGGAGGCGUCACUGUCUACAAAACGGGUUGACAAUCAGUCAAAUGUGCCUGCAUCUGUUGAAGCCGAAGUCCCUGGAAGGUCAGACCAGGCUCCAGAGGAGGCGUCACUGUCUACAAAACGGGUUGACAAUCAGUCAAAUGUGCCUGCAUCUGUUGAAGCCGAGGUCCCUGGAAGGUCAGACCAGGCUCCAGAGGAGGCGUCACUGUCUACAAAACGGAGGUUUCUUCCUCAUCCAUAUGAUUCUACUUCUUCUGACCAGGAAGAGUUUGUCCCUAGAUUGAGACGGACUAAAAGCAUUCAGAUGAAGAAUGUCAUUGAUUUUGAAUCGGAUGAGCUCUUUGACCCCUGCACAAGUGGCAGUGGGGAAGAAUAUGUUCCUGAGAGUUGUGAAGAUUCUUCUGAUUUUGAUGACAAUAAUGACAUCCUUGAGAUUACUAAUGAGAGACAUGCGAAACUCAAAAGGUUAAUAGAAAUUGCUCAUUCUGAACAUGGAUUAUUCUCAACAGCAGAAGAUAAUAGCUAUAAUAGCACUUCAGCUCAGAGUCCUAACCGAGGACGCUCACCCACUAAAGAAAAGCAUUCUUGUCCAAAAUCUAAAAGGCGACGCCCAAACAGUUUACCCAGUCGAACAUGCACUCGUGGGGCCCUGUCAUCGGAACAAAGUGGAACAUCGAACACUGAAGACCACUCUAUAAAUUCCGCUACUGUUCUUAAAGACUCUUCUGACAAGUCUACCACCAUAGUUACAGAAGAUGUAGCUUCCCCCACACUUUUUAUGCCUGCUGUACAAAAAAAGGACAAUGGAUCAAGGAAGUACAACAAAAAGCAAUACUGCUUGUUCUGUAAGAAGGGAUUCAUAAAAAUAGCAAGACAUUUGGAGCGUGCUCAUCACAGCAAACCAGAAGUUGCACAGGCUAUGGCUCUUCCUAAAGGUUCCAAAGAAAGAAGAUUGCAUCUGGAACAUCUGAGGAACAGAGGCAACUUUGCACACAAUGUUGAGGUACUAGAUACUGGCACUGGAAAUCUUGUGCCACGUAAACUACCUCAAGAAGAUUCCAAAGUGCAAGAUUUUCUUCACUGUAUUUAUUGCCAAGGCUUUUUCAGAAAAAAAAUCCUUUGGAGGCACAUGUCAAUCUGCAAGUUCAAACCUGGGACAUCAAAGAAACCUGGCAAAACACGGGUCCAGGCUCUUUGUGCCUUUGCAGUACCCCCACCGCCAGAUGUCUCAACAGAAUUUUGGAAAAUGUUAAACUGUAUGCUCCAAGAUGAAGUUUAUUCAGCUGUCAAAUCCGAUUCCCUUAUCAUGGAGUAUGGUGAGCACCUAUUCAACAGGCUUGGCUAUGAUGUGGCAAAACAUGAAUACAUUCGCCAAAAAAUGCGAGAACUGGGCAGGCUGUUAAUAUGUUCCAGGGGAAUGACCCCUUUGAAAACUAUGAAAGAUCACGUCCUACCAGGAAAUUUCAUGCAUGUCAUUGACUCAGUGAGACAGUUGGCAGGGUAUGUCAAUGAAACCAAAACAUUCAAGUGCCCGAGCCUUGCUCUAAAAAUUGGACACAAUUUGAAUAAGGUUUCACAACUUGUUGAAAGCCGUGCAAAUGUUCAGAUGAACUACAGUGAAGCAAAAUCUGCUCAUGCAUUCAGAAAAGUAUACGAGGCCAGAUGGAACGAAUUCAUAUCCGCUGCAUCACUUAGAACCCUUCGGGAAGCAAAGUGGAAUGCACCUCAGUUGCUUCCAUUUACUCAAGAUGUCCAGACACUUCAGUCUUAUUUAGAAGUACAACAGCAACAUUGUUACAGUGAACUGUCUACAGAGACAUCACCCCAGACAUGGGCAAACCUGGCAAAAGUAACUUUGGCUCAAGUGAUCCUAUUCAACAGACGGAGAGCAGGAGAGGUGUCGAAAAUACCUCUCUCUGCCUAUUUAUCCUCAAAUGCCUCACAUGGUCCAGAUGAUGUAAAUGACGCUCUUUCUGAGCUUGAAAAAAAACUCUGCAAACAUUUCAGGAGGAUAGAGAUCAGAGGCAAAAGGGAAAGAAAAGUUCCUGUUCUUUUGACUCCAACAAUGCAGCAGUCAUUGGAUAGGCUUGUUUCUAAACGUCAAGAAUGUGGGGUGCCUGAAAGUAAUACUUACCUAUUUGCAAGACCAUCUGCUUGGACAUGCUACCGUGGAUCAGAUUGCCUUCAGCACUUUGCCAGUGUCUGUGGUGCCAAAAAUCCAGAAAAUCUCACCUCUACCAGAUUGCGCAAGCAAACGGGAACUCUUUCUCAAGUUUUAAAUCUCAGUAAUACAGAGCUGGACCAGUUGGCUGAUUUUCUCGGCCAUGAUAUAAGAGUGCAUCGCCAGUUCUACAGACUUCCUGAAGGUACCCUCCAACUUGCUAAAAUUAGUAAAGUGCUACUGGCAAUGGAGCGGGGACGUCUGGCAGAAUUCAAAGGCAAGAGCUUGGAUGAUAUCUGCAUUGAUCCUGAUGAGCAUGUGCAUGUGGACAGUGACGCAGAGGACGGCUAUCAGUCUGACACACAAGAGAAAGCUGUUACAUCCACUGAGAUGGAGACAAAGAUGACUGCAAUACCAGAUGUGGAACAUAUGGAUGUUGAGAGAUGUGAAACAGAGCAAGGUGACAUGAUGCCUUCACAAUCCUCAGAAUUCAAGUCGCAAGGGAAGAAUAAAGCUCGCAGAGCAUUCAAGAGAAAGGUGUGGGAGAAGGAGGAGACCCUUGCUGUGGAGAAACACAUGAUGUCUUUCAUCACUUCCUGUCGUGUACCUGGAAAAAGUGACUGCGACAAGUGUCUUCAACAGGAAAAAGAUGCAUUAAAAGAAAGAAAUUGGUUGGCCAUCAAGUUUUACAUUAAGAAUCGCAUCACAGCCCUAAAAAAGAAAGUUUAGAAUGAUAGUUUAUUUUUAUUGGUACACUAAGGGCCAUUUGUUUUUUUUUUGUUCCAUAAUGUAAAUUAGACUACUCCUUUUUUUUUUGCUUGCAAGUUUUGAAGCGGAUAGGGAAAAGAUGCAACAAAUGUUUUGUUUUUUUCAUUAUUUUUUAACUCGAAGGUUUUUGGCCAUGACUUUAGUCCUUAAUUUUUGAUGUUAGAAAAAAAACUUAACUCUGGGGCCAUUUUGUUUUUAGAUACCAAUUUGUUUAAUGUAAAAUGUGCAUUUCAGUUUAUGCUUAAGGAUUUCUCAUUUCAUUUAAUGUAGGAAUUAACCAUUGAAGGGAUUUGAAUCUAAUCGAAUCUAUUGUCUUUUUCAUUUAAAAUUCCAAUGGCUUGUUCUCUCAAUUUUGUUGAAGAGGAUAUUUGUACAGAUGUUAACUCUUCAUACAUAUUAAAUGUGUGUUGCACAUACAAAAGUAUGGCAUUUUAUUUGUUAUAGCAACAACAUAUACUGGUGCCCUCAAUGUAUGCUGAACCUAAAAAGUGUGAUAUUCUUCCCAAGAAAGGUAGAAAAACCGACAGUGUGUAUAUAUUGACCCCACUAGUGACUAAAUACCUGACAAGUCCCCAAAAAGCAUGGUCAGGACAGGUCAAAAGCUCAACUUUGUCUUAUUGAUAAAAUUAACCAAUAUAUCUUAUUAUGGCCACUUAAGCAUUCUGCCUGAUUUU